GGCCGGUCCUGAGCCCGUCGUCUCGCUCGCUCGCUCGGCCGCCCACAAAACGGCAGCGUAGGGUUUCGCGACGGCCGCCCGAAACCGGUGAAUUCCCCAAAUGGCGAUGCUGUGUUUGGCGAAGACCGCGAUGCGUCGGGUGGGGGCGCAGCAGCCGGCGGUGCGUUCCUUGGGGUCCUUGACGUGCGCUUCCUCGUUGGACGCGUCGGUGGCCGGGUUGGUGGUGCCGUGCGGUCGCGGGGACAAGAAGACGGAGCGAGGGAAGCGGUUCAAGGGUUCGUACGGCAACGCGCGGGGGAAGAAGAAGACGAUGAUCCAGCGGAUCAAGGACAGGGUCGAGGUCCCCAGGUCCACCCCUUGGCCGCUUCCCUUCAAGCUCAUCUGACGUCUGGCUCUGGGUUUCGUUCUCCAACUCUUCUGGAUAAGAUUUCCCAUCUUAGUCUUCUUCUUGCCUGUGUUACUUCAUCAACUAUGAUAUUUUUCUUCAGGCUGUUGUCCUGAUUUCUUCUAGCAUCGGGGAAAUUUCUGUGCUUUGUUUUAAGAAAUAAUCCAUGACUAUGAGUAAUUUGAAUUUCCUUCUUUAUCGCA